AUGUCCCAGGGCUCGGUCCUGGUGCCGCUCCGACUGGAACGGGCAGAGGAAGAGGCCGCCCUGCUAGAGUACAGCAUGCGCACCAGCAGGGGCGCAGUCUACCUGCACUGCACAGGCCCAGCAGCGAGCAGCCCGCCCACCACCGCCACCCUGGACUACCUCACGCACUGCCUGGAGCCCUCGGCGCACGGCAUGCCGCGCUGCGACGUCUUCCCGCUGAUGCCCUGCAUGGGCUGGUCGGCGGAGCGGGUGGCAGAGCGGCUGACAGAUGUGGAGGAGGUUGUGGCUGCGGCAGAGCAUGCGGGGGACUGCCAUGCGCUGGUGGACCUGAUUAAUGAGUCACGGCAGCGAGCGGGCCUGCCCAGCGUCAGCCUCACGCUUACCGCGGGCCACCAAGAGGCUGGAGAUGCAGCGAGUGGUGAGCCGCCGCAGCAGCCAGACGGCGGCGGCAGCGUCGGCGGCAGUAGAGGCGGCAGCGCCGACGGACAGCUGCCGCAACAGCAGCAGCAGCAGGGGGAUGGCAUGGGCGGGGCCGGCGGCCCGCCUGUGCCCCGCUCCCGCGUCAUCGGGGACUGGCCCUCGCCCGUGCUCCAGUUCAGCAAGGUGGCGGUGGGCGGCACGUUUGACCGCCUGCACGCGGGGCACCGCCUGCUGCUGGCUGCCACCGCGCUGCUGGCCACGCGCAGCAUCUUUGUAGGCAUCACAGCCGACGCGCUGCUGGCCACGAAGAAGAACCGGGCGCUGCUGGAGGGGUAUGCGGAGCGGGAGGCGGCGGCGGUGGGAUACAUGCAGGUGGUCAACCCGGAGGCCACCGUGGUGGCGGGGCCCCUCACCAACCCCAAGGAGCCGCCGCUGUGCGCUGUGGACCCCGAGUUUGAUGCCAUUGUUGUGUCGGAGGAGACGGUGCCGGGGGCGCACGCCAUCAACCAGACGCGGGCAGAGCUGGGGUUCCCCCCACUCGUGAUUGUGGUCGUUGGGCUCAUCUACUCCCGCCGCCGCGCAGCCAAGCUGAGCUCCACUGACCUUCGGGAGGAGGAUGCGGCGGGGGCGGCCAGCGGCAGCCCGGCGCCCCGGUAG